AUGCGGUUUUAUGUGCGUUUGUUGGAAGGAGGGACUUCCGCCAGUCGCCCCGGUGGUCUCUACGAGGGAUUUUCUCUGUGGGGCAGCUCACGGCGCCGCUCCCAAGCCCCAGAGAGGCCACCGCCUAUUGAACAGUCAUCCGAGACUCUGAUGCCUCAGGGAGAUGCAGUCUCGCAGGACUGGCGUUGGCUUGCCUUGAGGUGCGAACGGCGACUUAACGCGUCAAUGCAGCAACGGUCGGCUAGGCCGGACAAGAUCGCCGACACACUUGGGCACUCGCUUGAUGUGAAGCAGUUCUCCUGCUUCGUGCCCAGGACAGUGCUAGAAGCCAUUGCAGACAAACGCAUCAGGUACUCGGAUGACUUCGACGUGCAAGUUGAGAGCUUCACGGCUGCCGUUGUCUUCUGCGACGCAAGUGGCUUUACAGCACUCACGGAGGCCCUUGACACCCAACCGAAUGGCGCAGAACGACUUGGCGAUGAAAGACGGUUAAUGCUGCAGCACGAGAUAAUUUGUGAGGAUGGUGAGGUGUUGUGUAUCCUUCAGAUUAUCAAUAAGUUUUUUGACAAGAUUAUUCGCAUUGUGCACUUCUGGGGAGGAGACAUCAUCAAAUUCAGCGGCGAUGCUCUGACAGUUGUAUGGCCAGUAGAUGAUGAAGAGGAGGAGGAUCGCCGUGAUGCUGCCACAGGCGAGACGGUUAUUUCGCCAACGAUGGCAAAUGCGAUGCACGGCGUUGCUACGUUGGAGCCCGUGAGCGAUUCCCCGCCUGGGAGGCAGUUUUACCGGCUGUUGCCUCAUGCGGAUGAUUUGGUGAAGAUUGCUCACGAGCGGCAACAGGGUAGCCAUUCCAGUGGAGAAGAAGAGGCACCGAAUGACGACGCAGAGGAGGAAGAACUGGAGAGAAUCCACAAGCUUGCCGAUUGGAAGGUUGAACCUCCCCCUCCCCUAGCUCCCAUUGAAGUCGACGCAGACGAUGUUGACCUCCUCCGCAGGUAUAUCCCACCGGCGGUCUUCAGACGACUCAAAUCGGGCUGCAACGUGUUCCUGAACGAACUGAGGACGGUGUCGGUGAUGUUCAUUUGCGUGCGGGGACUUGAUGUUUCGUCCGCAACUGGAAGUCAAGUUGCCCACAAGCUCAUGAAGAUGACCCAGAAGGCAGCGUAUACCAUGGAAGGAUCUGUGAAUAAAUUCCUUGUGGACGACAAAGGGGUUUUGCUGCUCGUAAUGUUCGGAUUGCCUCCAGUGUAUCACCUAGAUGACCCUGUUCGAGCCAUCAUGGCGGGACUGCGUGUGAUUGACGGCAUGAAGAUGUUUGGACUUGACGCUGGAAUUGGCAUCACCAGCGGCCGGACUGUCGGAAAUGACUUACGGAAGGAAUACACAGCGUUGGGGGACUUCGUCAACCUCGCGGCCAGGCUCAUGGCAAAGGCGGGGCCCCGCGAAAUAUAUGUCGAUGCGAACACGCACCGCGCGGCAGAGCAUGCCAUGGAAUUCAAACAGCUGCCGAGCAUGAAGGUCAAGGGGAAGGAGCAUCCCAUAGAAGUGUUCAUGCCAACUGGAGCGCUCAUUAGCACGGUGAAAACCGGCCCAGAAUUGGGGCCGCUUUUGUCCUGGCCAGGGUGGCCAUGCCGCAACCAGCUGCAAAGUAUCCUCGAGCCGUCGACGAUGUAUAAACAGCAGGGGAAGGCAGUGCGGCCUCCUUUGGAUUACCCAGUGCCUUGUGGGCCCGUGUUCGCCCAUGAAUGGUACGAGCCGUACAUGCCGCAGCUGCAGCCUUUACUGGAAGUCGGCGGGGUGAUGGUCAUCAAGGGAAGAGAAGGCUUAGGCGCGAAGGAGCUGGAGGAUUAUAUUCGCGAAUUUGGCUCUAAGAAAUCAAAUCGCCAGAUGUUUUGCAUCAGCAACAUGCCAGAUUCACCUAAUCUCAACAUCGGCAACGUUCCUUUACUCGCUUGGAGAAAGCUUUGUACAGAAAUGGUCGAACGUUGGCGUGUCAGUGACAACCGCGAGAAAAAGGGUUAUUCUCGCAUUGACCGCGACAACUCAGUUUACGGCCUUACAAAGGAACUCAUACAUCCGUCGUUCCACUGGCGGCUGGAGGAGAUGAAGACUGUCGUGCACGGUUUAGUCCUGCCGCAUGAGCUACCUGAAAAUCAACGCCUCGCGAAAGAGCGCCGAAAGUGCAUGAAGCAACUUCGCAAGCAGGGAUAUGUCCCCAUGUCGCCCACUAUGGCUCUGCUGCACAGGCCUGCAGAGUGGGUGGAACAAGCAGGCCGUCGGAUUGCCCCACAAGCAUUAGUUAAGAAUAUUGGAGUAGACUUGGAUGACAGCCAGACUUCUGACAGCGAGGGGUCUACUCCACGAUAUUUAUACGGGCCGAGCGGGGAGUCGAUUGCGCCAAUCAUCGCGUCUCUCGUCAACGGGUUUUCCCUCUUCGAAAGCUCCAUUGUGGUUUUACAUGUUCGCACGGGCACUAGUGUCUUCGCUGAGAUGGACCGCGACAGCUGGAGAGUCGCUCGCCUUGUGGCCCGGGUUUCUCUUGUUCGUCGUCAACACCGUCUGGAUGAUGACAUGAGAAACUUGAAAGAGUGGCGGUGCAAACACUCGCGCAAAUGUUGGUGGUGCAAAGGCUAUCGCACUGCGACAGUGGUGGACAGCAGCGGGAAGGCGCACCCCGUGCAGUCCACUAGUCUAUGCAAGCCUCUUCCCUCGCAGUUCUACCAGCCGCUGGUUUUUGUCCUCAUAUGCAGUGACACCACUGACAAUGUCCCGGAGCAGCAGCAACUUGUCCAAAUGGCUAAGGACAACAACGCAUACAUUGAGCUGCGCAAGCUGAAUGAGGAUGAGACUGCGAGCUUCUUGUCCCACUGCCUGCAUAUAAACCGGAAGUACUUGACUGCCGAGUUCGUGCACUAUGUGCACCGUGUAUCAGCAGGAAUUCCCAAGUAUAUUUUCCUAACAGCCAAGCAGCUGGUGAAGGAUGGCCAUGUGGUUCUGAAGGAACGAAAGCGAAAGACCCGCGGAGCCGACAAUCUCUUGAGAGAAAAUACGCGCAACUUCGAACUGAGGUAUAGACGUCUGCUGCUACAGCGCAUGGGCAAGCAGUACCAGGACCUUCAACAAGAAUAUGAAACGCCAAGGGAAACGAGGACCCCCAGGUCUCAAGGGGCCAGUCAGGAGCCUUCGCAGGGCCCGCCGCCUUCCGACGAUUCCAGCGAUGAAGAUGACACAGAGGUUCGCUAUGUGGAUGAUGAGGUCAUUGUGGCGGUCAUUGGUCUGCUAAAGACUCUCAAUAAACAAAGAAUGGAUUUAGGCUUAGAACCAGAUGAGGUCUUCAUUCCUCCUUCGUCUGCGGAUGCUGAACAGGCGGACUGGAGGAAACAGGCUCAGUACGAUGGGUUGGCUCCUUCUUGUAUGCCUCCAGAUGCGGCGGCUCUGGAGCUCAUGCCUCCCCCCGCUUCUUCUCUGCUGAGCUCUGUAUCUUUCGCGGUCGAAGAAGGCACAGAUGGAGAGCCAGUGCGUUCUCCCUUCUACUUGGCUGAGUGCUUCCGGCGACGGCUGUUAGACUGGGGACCAAAGCAGUCAUCUAAGGCGAAUGAGCGGGACAGAGUCGAUUCGCGGGACUCGGCGGCUACCAACGAAGAGCCGCAGCUCGCGAGACGCCUUGCUUCACGACGACGAGCGCGGAAUGCCACUGGUUUUGGAGGGGCCUCUGGGCACUGCCGUGUGGGAGUGCAGGAGCAGCUGGCGCAGGAGGACAGACGGAGGAUCCGUAGGGGCAAGCUGACGGAUGCUGAGUUCGCUCUUCUUUGCUUUAGGCCGUCGUGGAUGCCACUGGACUUUGAAGACCUCGCGUGCUUAAGGAGAAGUCGCCGGAGACGGGUGGCGCAAGCGAAAAAGUGGGAGUGGGACAGCGAUGCAGAUGAACCCAUUGUGAAGCAGGGAGAUGCGGAAGACGGAGGAUGGGGGAUAAAGCGUUACAGUGAAGCGCGGGUUGUCUCGAACUUGAACUCUUUACCGUUUGUCCCCCAACUCGUUGCAGAUUGCAUGUUCACAGUUGAGCGGCUUCUGCCGGAAGAGCAGAUGAUGGCGAAAGUGGCUUCCGUGUUUCCCAUAGCCUUCAGACCAACUGAACUCCGCAUGGCGUACCCACGGCGCAUGCUCUCUAAAGACUUCUACAACCUUGUCUACCAGCUUAUAGUUAAGGAUGUCCUCGAGGUAUGUGAACCUGCGUCACAAGAAGAGCAAGAAGCGCUCAGUCAUUUCAUCGGGACUCCUGCACACAAGACGACUGGACAGAAUACGGCCACCACAGUAACGAUCACACCGCCAGAUGGAGCAGACGGUUCUAUCCAUGGCAAGUCUGCAACUUUGCUGGAUGUGCCAAGCGGUGGUGCUGGUACGCAAGCACCGCAUAGCACCACCUUAGAGCACGCACCGUUUCCGGGGCUCGGCCCUGGACAUGAACGCCGCCCCAGCGUCAUGAAGGCAGGGGGGAUUGUAACGCCAGCGAAGGUUGCAGCUGCCGGCAAUGAGAAGGGUUCUCAAGACGAAGACCACUCAGCACCUGACUCUACGACGAAACAGCAUCAGACUUUUGAAACAGAUUUGGAUGCAGGCCGUGCAGCAGGAUCACCCUGGACCGGCGUUCUUGCAACACCAGAAGGAAAGGAAGUUCACAUCCGCUUUACAAGUAUAGCGCUGCAGAGAGUCGUUUCAGAUUUGCUUCUCUCGGACGAACGCAAGUGGCUUACCCUUGUCUGCCGUCGUGCGCUAGCCCAAAGAUUCGUUUCUCUCACUGAAUCGAGGAGCAGUGAAAAGGAGUCGGGGAACUCGACCUCAUGGGUUACAGAGGGCAGUGAAUCGCCUGUGCACGAAACGUCUGAGGCUGUGGACGCUAUUCCCGAGUCCCUACUGCAGAGCGUCUUGGAGGCGGAGAGAGAACAGCAGACGCGCGCAGGUGGACAGACCUUAAAGGUGCCAGUUAUAGUUCCGCCAGAACCGGAGCACAACGAGGCGGAAUUGAUUAACAGUCCAUCAGCAGCCUCCGUUGAAGAGUCAGACAACGCCGAUUUCGCAGAUGAUAGAGCACAAGCGAAUGACCUACAAGAAGAGGCAUCUGUUUAA